GCAGCCUAUAUAAGCACGAGCCCCCCGAGGUAUGCAACUUCAUUCUUGGGACUCAAGAAACACGGUAAGGUUAGAGGGCAUAGGGACAUACAAGAUGGGGAUCCUGCAAAAACGUCAGUUUGAAAGAGUGAAGCCAUUCCUAGCAGUUGUGUUCUUGCAGUUUGGAUUUGCAGGUAUGGACGUUCUAUCUAAGGCUGCACUGAACAAGGGGAUGAGCAACUACGUAUUUGUGGUCUAUCGACAUGCUAUUGCCUUUGUCAUCAUCACCCCUUUCGCAGUGAUUCUAGACAAGAAAGCGAGGCCCAAGAUGACAAUUUCAAUCUUCACGAAGAUUGUGGCGCUAAGCAUUCUAGAGCCAGUUAUUGACCAGAAUUUAUAUUUUUUGGGAAUGAAGUACACAACAGCAACUUUUGCCUCAGCAAUGAGCAAUAUGGUCCCUGCCAUUACCUUCUUGAUGGCUUGGAUUCUAAGGCUUGAGAAGAUAAAAUUAAGAAGCAUACGCAGCCAUGCAAAGGUGGCAGGAACUGUAGCAACAGUUGCUGGAGCCAUGGUCAUGACAUUGAUGAGAGGCCCGGUGCUUGAAAUUUUUGAGGCACACCGUACAAAUACCCACAACCAACGAAGUGGUGGAUCAAAUCUUCAACAUGUAAUAAAAGGAUCCGUGAUGAUCACCACGGGUUGCUUUUGUUGGUCUUGUUUCAUGAUUCUCCAAGCCAUUACCCUUGAAACCUACCCUGCUGAGCUCUCCCUCACAGCAUGGAUAUGCUUGUUGGGAACAGCUGAAGGUGCCGCGGUGGGCCUGGUUAUGGAAAGGAGAAAUCCUUCAGUUUGGUCACUGCAUUGGGAUACGAAAUUGCUGGCUGCUGUCUACAGUGGCAUAGUCUGCUCAGGGCUGACUUACUAUAUCCAAGGACUAGUGAUGAAAACAAGAGGCCCCGUCUUUGUGACAGCAUUUAGUCCCUUGUGCAUGGUAAUUGUAGCUGUCAUGGGCUCAUUCAUUCUGUUUGAGCAAAUGUACCUUGGAAGGGUGAUAGGUGCCUUCGUCAUUGUUUUCGGCCUGUACCUUGUGGUGUGGGGUAAAAGCAAAGAUUAUGACCUGUCAACACCAACUGCUAAAGAGAUCUUAUCACCAACUAAGCUAAUUGCAGACGGAGGCAGCAACAGAAAGGACAAUGAUGAUAAUGAGGUCAUCAUUAUCACUAAUUCUGGCCAAGGAACCAUUGCGCGGGAUGAACAAGUGUGAAGAAAGCAUACCAAUAACUAGUUAGAUUUGAAAGCAUUCAGUUACAAUGCCCCCAUCAAAUGCCUAUGACCACGAUAACAGUUUGUAGGCAUCCAAUUAUUUGAUCUUUCAAUCACCAUGUACUGUGAGUGGAGGUUUAUACUGUAACAAGUUGUUAUAAUAAGGCAGGAAGAUAAAUCACAAAGAAAAUAGCUCAGCCUCGAAUAUGUACAUUA